AAGCAUAACACACUCAGCUCUUCAGUCAAGAAGUCAAAGCUAAACCAAAACCAGCAAAAUGUUCAAACUGAUUGCCCUCAUCUCUGCCCUGUGCGUGGUGGCCAAUGCCGGAGUGAUCUCGCCUUAUGGCCAUGGCUAUGGAUUGGGUUACGGUGCCGCCUUGGCUCCAGCUUAUGCUGCUCCCGCCGUGAUUUCGCAUGCUCCGAUCAUCAAGAGCUACGCCGCUCCCAUUGUGGCCCAUCCGGUGGCCACUUCGUAUGCCAACACCUACAAGGUGGCCACCAAGGCCUACCCGGUGGUCCAUGCUGCUCCUCUGGUUCAUGCUGCUCCUCUGGUCCAUGCCGUUCCUGCCCUGCACUCCACUUCCACCUACCACGGAUCCUAUGGAGGCAUUGGUGGAUACGGACUGGGAUACGCCGGCUACGGACAUGGUGCCUACCUGCACUAAGGAUCCAAUAUCGUAUAUAUCGUAUAUAUUGGUGACCAGCCCCCCGUUGACGACCCCCUGAAGUGAACUAUUCCAGCGGAUAAUUCGCAUUUUGCUGCCGACAAAGUGUUGAAUUUUGCAUUUCGUAGUCAGAGGCAGACAUUAUCGGGUCAAUCCCCAAAUUGUGUACAAAAACCCCUCAAACCCCCGAAGAAGGAACCCCACUUAGAGACAGAGACAGCUAGAGAACUAAGGACGACUAACGGGAGGCGGCGAGAGCGAGAACGAGAGAUUGGCGGAAGGAAGGAUCAAGUUUCGUUGAUUUUGUUUUAAUGGUGCAACCCAAAAAUGCACCGGUGGAUUCGACACUUUCUGUAAAUAAACGAUAAAUGACUCUAAA